UCUUUGACCUAUCAUCAUAAAAUUAAAUUUAUCAUAGUUACUAAUUACUAUAGUUUAAUAAUUUGUAUUUUGUUGUUAUAUUAAUUCUAAUAGUGUAAUGAAUGAAAAUUGUCUAUGGACACAUCACAGAAAAUAAUGUCUUUCUAGACUAAAAUGUUUUAAUUCAAUCGACUGAAUAACUAACAUGGCAAAAAAAUAUUAAAUAUAAAUUUAAUUAAAAGACGUGUACAUAGUAUACUUACUUGUGUGUUACAACAGUUAUAUUAUUCACAAUUGAUGAAUGAAUCACGGUCAUUUAGUCCAUUCGACGAUGGGUGCCUAGCAUAUUAUUUUGAAAAUCUGUCAGUUGAAUGUCGUUCGACUGACAAAGAUAAUCUGGAACAUGUUAUUGAUUCAGAUGACAGUAGUAGCUCUCAGACUGCAUGCUCCUCUGCUCUUGGAUUAGACGAUUUAGAAUCUGAUGCUUCCUUACUGUCAUCUAGCAGCGUAACAAGGUCAGAAGAAUUCCUCGACACUAUUGGUCCUCAAUCAGAUGCAAUUUGUGUAAACAAAGGAAAAAAAAUUGAAAAUGGAUUCUUAGCCAAUGGAACUUCCACUAAAUUAUACCAUAAAAAAAACUAUUUUGGCAUUCGAUCUGUCGAUUGUAUAAAUAACAAAACAUGUGAAAAUGAUGAAAAAGUAGCUGGUAGUUCUGCCCUCAUAUUACUUAAUCGACCAGCUCAGGUACCAGCUAAGUCUAUUAGUGAACAGUUAGAGCAUAAAAGAUUGUAUGACCAAAUUAUACAAAAUGCUAAAAAAAAAGAAUCUGAAGAAACUAAAAAACAUAAGCAAUAUUUAAAACAAAAAUUAAAGAAUGAAGAACGUUUGGCAAAUGUUACACAAAUAUGGACGCAAGAAAUAAUUCCAAAAUGGAAUCAAAUGUGUCAAACAAAAAAAUGCCGUGACUUAUGGUGGCACGGUUUACCAUCUAGUGUUCGAGGUAAAGUAUGGUCAUUAGCUAUUGGCAAUGAUCUGUUCAUCAAUGAAGAACUCUACAGAAGUUGUGUUUCAAAUUCCACAAAUAAAUUCAAAGAUUCAGAAGACAGUGACCAUUGUCUAGAUUACAUCUAUUUAGAUAUUACACGCACUUUUCCCCAUUUGGGUAUUUUUCAACAAGGUGGACCAUAUUGUGAUAUUUUAAAAAGAGUUCUAAGUGCUUAUGUAUGCCUACGACCUGACGUUGGGUACAUCCAAGGAAUGUGUUUUAUAGCGGCUAUUUUACUUUUGAAUAUGGAAGAAGUUGAUGCAUUUAUUGGUCUUGUAAACUUGAUGGAAUCCCCGUGUCUGAAAACGUUUUAUACUGUUAACCAUCCUAUAAUGACUUCAUAUUUUUCAACUUACAACGAUCUGCUUAAACACAAUUUGAAUAAACUCAGUGCCCAUUUUAGCAAUAUUGGACUUACUCCAGAAAUGUAUCUCGUAGAUUGGAUUUAUACCGUGUACACCAAAUCAAUGAAUUUAGAGCUGGCUUCGAUUAUAUGGGAUAAUUUCUUAAGAGAUAAUGAUCAAUUUUUAUUUCAAACUGCUUUAGGAAUUUUACACUGCAAUGAGUCCAUAUUGUUGCAAAUGGAUUCGAUAAUGUGUGCACAGUAUUUGACAAAGUUACCAGAUAGUAUAACAUCUAGAACUCUAUUGAAAUCAAUAGCUACCAUUCGUAUGAAUAUUGGAAAACGGUCAUUUAAUGAUAUAUUAAAUUGGCAUCAAGAAAAAGUCCAAUGAGUAAUCAUAAAAAUUAUAUUUAUUUAUUUAUUAUAGAAUCCUGUGAUUUUAUUGUUCAGCUGUAGUAUUAUUAAUUUUUUAUUUAUGCUAUGACGUGAGUAAAUUUGUUUACAACCUGGAUUUAAUUGUGGCAAAGGGAAUUGAUGAUACAAUUUAUUGACAACUGUUUAUUUCUACCAAAAAUCAUAAAUUUGUAGAAACACAUAGUAUCUAUUAUAUGAUUUUUUGAAUGUACAAUUUUAUGUGUCAACAUGCCUCUCUCUUUCAAAUUACCAUUUUUUUAUUUUUUUAU